AGCGACCUCGGAGAGCGCUGCCUCACUCGCCUCGUGCUAGCCCUCCCUUCCCCUGGCAGGGCCUGGCGCGGAAGAGUUGCGGUGUGGGUGGCUCCCGGAGCCGACAGUCGUGCGGCAGCCGCUCCAGCCCCCUCCCCCCAACCCCCGCCACUCGGGGGCGGGAAGCUGCGGAGUAGGAGUCACCGAGCGUGAUUGCCCGAGGCCCCUCCCGCCUCGGCGAGGGAGCAUCAUAAAAGCCCUGUUGCAACCUGCUCUCGACACCCAUCCACCGGCUCUCACCCGUCGGAGAGACGCGCCGGACCGCGGAGCACUCGUCGCUCAGCCGCGCCCGCGCGCCAGCUCGCCACCUCGCCACCAUGCUGGGUAGCAAGCGACUGGGGCUGUCCGGACUGACCCUCGCCCUGUCCCUGCUCGUGUGUCUGGGCGCGCUUGCCGAGGCGUACCCCUCCAAGCCUGACAAUCCUGGGGAGGACGCGCCAGCGGAGGACUUGGCCAGAUACUACUCCGCGUUGCGACACUACAUAAAUCUCAUCACCAGGCAGAGAUAUGGAAAACGAUCUAGCCCCGAGACACUGAUUGCAGACCUCCUGAUGAGAGAAAACACAGAAAACGGUCCCAGAACUAGGCUGGAAGACCCUUCCAUGUGGUGAUGGGAAGUGAAUAUCACGCUCCGGUCUUUGCCUAUUUUUCAACCCUUAUUUCAUCCUGUAAAACUAGUCUGCGGGUUCUCCUACUGCAUGCAGCCCUUGUGCUCACCUCCACAGAGUUUCCCUUUGUCAUCACUGUAUAUAUGAGUGUUUAAAUAAAGUACCAUGCAU